AUGCACGACGAAGCGGCGAAACGUGUGCCACCCGGUGGGCGUCACGACACCUCUUCCGCCGCCUUCGUCGCAAGUGUCCGGAAACGUGUCGCCGCGGCUGUUCAUGAGCACCACACGCAUGUCCCGCAGGCCUGGCGUUGCCUCUCGGUGGGCUGCUUUGGUGAGGCGCAGCGCCUGAGCAGGGCGAGGAACGACAUCGUCUGCUUGGCAGCCGCACUCACGAUGUGCGGGAACACGGACAUGGCCCUGAAAAUGCUGGAGGCGUACAUCAUAGCAUCCUGCGUCUUGGCGCAUGAAGGACGUCUGCGCCCAAACUACCCCGCGGAGGAUUAUGUGUGGCGGCUGAACCAACUCAUCGUGGGCUGGAUGACCGGGCCAGCCGCGGCGGAGGAGGUGAUGGGGGCAAGCGCACAAGCACGGGAUGAGGAGGAGUACUACGCAGCCGUGUUAGACGCCGCUGCCUUUCUGGACUGGGACUCAAUUCACCGCUGGUUCAUCAUAGCCCUCUUUUUGCACGAGGGGGGCGAGUACAGGCCCCCAAACGUCUUGUGGUUCCACUUCUUCUUUGCACUCUUCACGAAGGGAAUCCCCGAGGCGGCGGUGGUGGACCAAGCUCAGCGUCCCGCCUGGCAGCGGCAGCGGCAGCGGCAGCGGCAGAAACUUGUGCCGGAGCAGUUUCGCCAGAAUGAGCUGGAGGACAUUCUGCUCUUGCAGUGUGAAGAGAGUGACGUUGACCUCAUCAAUGCCGUCACGGCGUGGAAGACGCGACGCUAUCGCAGUGCUAUUGCCGCUGCGACGCGGUUUCUCUCGGUUGAAGAGUCAAAUUUCAGGAUCAUGGAUGCAAACAUGCGGGUCAUGUCCCGCUUCCUGCGUUGCAUGUCUUUGAUUGAAAUUGGGGAGCGCACCAUUGCGGCGAAGGAUGCCCUGGAGCUCCUGAGGGAGGGAAACCACUUCGUCUCCACGGUGGGCGCCAGUAUUUCGGCCUUCCUCAUGCCACUUCCGCAGGCGGUGCAAAUGGUGACUUCGUACGAGGGGGAAGCGCAGCUGCGUGAAUACGUCUUUGUGUUAUGUGAGUAUGUGCAUGCCUUGACGCUUGUGCAGAUCGGGUGCGUGGAGGCCGCGCUGAAGGUGCUGCGCUGCGCCAUCCCCGCGGCAUCGAACUACGACGUGGGUGACUGGCUGCUGAAUCUGAUGGUUAUUGCUUGCACUGCCCUGGAGGAUUCCGCCACCCUGCUGAAGACGGCCUUGUCGCCCCAGCGACAACUAUACCUCUCGCUCUGUCCGGCGUUUUUUGGAGGUCUUGGCAGCGACGGCGCGAAGCUGCGGGCAAACACGCCUGCAGGUCGAUUAUUGUACCCAAGCCAUCUUCCGACGUGCGCCUCCGUGCGGCAAAUGUUGCCGUUUCACCUGAAUCGCGCCCAUCACUUUUUUGCGCGGGGCAAGUACAUUGAAGCGUGGGGCAAUGUCUGCUUGGCGGUGGGCUGUGCGGAGGAAAUCGUUGGCUCCGUGGAACUGGCCUUCACCGACUGCUCGCCACUAAAAACGUAUUACUUUGGCUGCCAUUUGGGGUUUGUGCUGCUGCAGACCGUUCUGGCGGUCAUGGCGCUCGGGGAUGGCGCCGCCUCACUGGGCUGCGACACCGACACCGCCCAGGCGCUCCUCGAGAAGGGCGCCACGCUCUGCGAGGAGGUGCUGCGCAAGUGUGAGGCGUGGUCGCGGCGGCUGCGGCAGUUUUACCCAAACGUCCGCCUAGGCAGGGUUGCACUCUCGCUGGACGCCACGAUGAGUCGUGCAGACAACUUCCUUAGCCGCGCUAUUUGCCUGGCGUGGCAGUACCCAAACUGCGGGGUGGCGCAAAACUGUCUGACGCUCGCCUUGUACGUCAGUCACCACAUCCCGGAGGCCGUCGACAACGCGGCCAAGGCGUUGCAGACUUUUCCUCACUCACGCGAGAUUAACACGGUCUACCGUCAGAUCAUGGCCAAGGACGGGGUCUACGUCUUCAACUACCGUACCUUGGUGCCUGUGCGCUACGCCCCCUGCUCCGGACGUCGCUGGACGAAGCGAAUGCUCGUUGUGAUGCUGCUGCUCGUCGUCAACUUCGUCAUCUUCACCCUCACGGUGGUCGUAAACUUUCCCGUGUGGGUUGCACCUUCCGAGGUGAUGAAGGAGUUCUCCGUGCGGCUGCAGCUUCCCUCCGUGUUUCCGCUCUACUACGCGGUGCUGAUUAUUGUGUACGCCGUGUCGGCCACCGUGUCACAGCAAAACCUGGUGCGAACAAUCAUGCUCAGUCUCUUCUUCCAGGACGCCCGGAUGAAUCGCUUUCUAUUUCCUAUGCGUGGGAUCGCCCUGGUGAACGCCUUCAAUGCGAUACAGCUCACCAUUGCCGGCAACAACUUCCUCUUUGAGUCCCACUGGUACACGUUCCUCCUCUACCUCCUGCUGGCCCUCUUCCUGGUGCCCUUCACCUCGCGGGUGUGGUUUCUCCCCUCCGUCGAUGAGCCGAAAGAUAGCGUGUGGAAGUGGCUGACGCUCCUCGCCGUCGACACCCUGUCGGCCCUGCUCCUGCUUGUGCCGCACAUUGCCCUCUUCGCCGUGGAGCCGAUCAUGUUUAUAGUAUUCUUCUUCUUUCUGCCGGCGCGACCGCCUGAUAAGGGGAACGUCAGCGGAAAUGUUCAGCGGCGUCUGCGGCGUCACAAGGCGUGUCGCAAGAAGUCCAUCUCCCCCUACAUUGAGGGGGGCCACUCGCAAUUCAUUCACGUCCGCCUUCUGUCUCUGCUGUACUACAAGACGCAUUCCGACCUCCGCACAAGACACCUGCUGGAGUACCAAAUUGACGAGGACAACUACCGCAUCUUUCCGCUAAUUGAGCUCUACGAUUGCAUCGCAACUGAACCCAUCGAUCGCCUAACGCAUGAAACGCAGGUGAAGGAACGCAGUCGACACGGUGUGCUGGAGUUUCUCUCCUCGCUUCGCAGGCCUUUUGUCCAUGAAGAUAGUGAUGCGGAGGAAAUGCAGGGUGACAUGGAAGAAUGCCUCUCCCAGGCUACGACGCAGGACUACAACUUUGACUUCCGAGGCCUCCUCGCCGGGAGUCCCAGAAGUAGGCCUGCCGCCGGUCACGGCUAUGCGGCGGGGAAGGCCACGGUGACAGCGGAGGAAGCGCGGGGGGCGCAUCUUAGCCCCGGAGACGCUCGCGGCUCCAACCCUGCGCGGCCCACCGCAACGAAGGAAGGCCAAGAACCUACGCUGCCGGGUGUCUUGGGGAAGGAGCGGCGAGCGGACACGAGGGGCGGGGAGGCGGAGCAGAAGCACAGAGCCUCGUCUAGCGGGAGGAUGCAACCUGCACCCAACUCCCAUCUGGACUACAACUCCGCAGGUGAUGCGAUGCCCACCAGGAAGAGUGGAGACAACAUGUUCGUGGCUCCUCCAGGUUGCGUAGGGAAGCAGGCGCCGCAAGAGGCGCCACUACGUGGAGAUGCAAAGGAGAGUAUGCCAAUUCGCGCGGACGCCUAUCGCGCUUCCACAGAGGCGCGUCCGAUUCAUGAUGUGAAAAGCUCCCCUCCUGACACCGAUGAAGACGACACGCCACGCGGAGAGCGCUCGAGGAGUGUCCCUGAAGCAAAAACCACGCCAGAAGUGCUGCGUCAUCGCCCGUCUGGGACUUCAGCGGCCGCUCGCGCCGAAUGCGUGUCUUCGGUGGACGAGUCGGAUGAGGCGUUGGGGUCCCAUGUAGACCCCGAGUUCGUCCCGUUGGAAGAGGAGUCGUUGCUCUGUGCACUUCGGGGGCUAUACCGGGCCCUGAACUCCCCUCUACUCGCGCAAGGCCCGCAUGUGUUGGAGGCCAAACAACUUCAAAAGCAAAAGCAUGUGGUGGAGGAGCGUUUGAGUGAGCUCUAUGAGCUCAACGCGUCCCACUGGGAGAUGAGGAGCUCCAGGUGUCUUGAACUCUGCUGCAAGGUCAUUUCCAAAGUGGUAGAGACCGGCGAUGACGAUUCCAAUCCGGUAGCCGCCGGGAAUGUGUCAUUGAUGAGGACCAUACUACACGUGCUCGACGCUCCAGAGAUAUUCGACACGAUCUUGCUUAAUGGACUUCCAGGGCUUUGCGUGGUUCACGGCUAUACCGUGAUGCUCUCUGUCAUUAUGUCACCCCGCUGUGUGCAGGUGAUGAAGUACAUCCACUGGGAUAGUUUGUUACGGUCGUUUAUGUGCGACCCCGCCCCGGCGGGCGUGGAGGCGCUGCGCAUUGUGCUGGACGCAUUCCACCGUGUCUCCUCGCCAGGCAUCAGAGGCAAAGUUGUCCCGCUGUUCCAGGGGGCCGUGGAGGCCGUACUCCGCUCACCGGCGUUAAACGCCCCAGCAACGGCGCUGGAUGGCCUCCUCUCCCGCCUCAAAAACGAGGGGAAUGUGAAGGUCGACUUUUGGCAGGUGGAAGGGGCGGGAGGGGACACGAUAUUUUCAAACGCCUGCGCGCUGGGGAAUGUGGCACUAGCUAAGGCGCUCUGGUCCCUGGGCCUCGUGCCGAACCCCAAUCGGGUGCAGAGUGACGGCACCAACGCCCUCAUGCAGGCGGUGCUGCAGGAUCGCAGGGACGUUGUGCGUUGGUUCUGCGGCUUGCCCCCCACUGCGACGGCGGAAAGCUUCACGUACCGGCACCCGCAGCGCGGCACAGUCCUUGACAUCGCCAAGGGUGGCGUCCUGCACUCGAUGCUGCGGGAGGCAAUGACCAGGCAAAAAAAGUAA